AUGACGACCCGAUAUUAUAUCGCCUUCACGGGGACCUCUUUGCUUGCAUCCAUGCUCUUUCUCAAUCAAACCAUCACCAUAUUGCUGGGUGCUGUGGCCAGCUCGGUGGUCGUGUACUGUCUCAGCGCAAAGCUCUCACAGCAGGUUCAGAACAACUUUCAAGCCGAGGAAACUUGGAACCCAGAUGAUGAACUAGCCCUUGUGACCGGCGGAAGUGGUGCCAUUGGCAAGCAAAUCAUGGAGGAUCUUGCGAAGCAUAUUCGCGUUGUGACUCUCGACAUCGUCCAGCCGGAUUUUGAACUCCCAGAGAAUGUCACAUUCUAUCAAGUGAACAUUUCUUCAACAAAGUCUAUCUCAGACGCAGCAUCUGAUAUCAGAAAGUUGCACGGGGAACCUACCAUCAUCGUGAAUAAUGCAGGGGUCUUUCAUCAUGGGACCAUCCUUGGAAGCUCAGAGGAGGACUUGCGUCGAACAUUCGACGUCAAUAUCGUCUCCCAUUUCCUCAUAUUGAAGGAGUUCCUUCCGUCACUGAUCCGCAAGAACAGAGGCCAUGUCGUUACGAUGGCGAGUGUGGCAAGUUUUGUCGCCGUGGGCGAAAUGGUCGAUUAUUGUUGUUCAAAAGCCAGCGCACUUGCUUUCCACGAAGGCCUUCGGCAGGAACUGAAAUAUUGGUAUCAAGCUCCAAAUGUGCGAACCAGCAUUGUCCACCCGCUUUGGGUUGAAACUCCCCUGAUCCAAGGCUUUACCCGAUACCAGAACACCUUCCGCCAACCUAUCAUGAAUCCAAGGGUUGUUUCAGAAGCUGUUUUGGAGCAUAUACUCACUCGGAAAAGUGGACAAAUUGUCCUGCCUGGGCACCUUUCGGUGGCUGGGGCUCUUCGAGCUCUUCCACUCUGGCUGCAAGAACCAGUGCGCUCAUUUUUCUCCAAGGUCGUGCGGCGAGUGAGUGAUGUACGGUCUGCUGAAGAAAAUUAA